AAAGCACUGAUGCACCAAUCUUCUGCAAAUCACAUCAUUUGCAUGAGAUCUGCGUCCUUGCAGAAACGAAGGAAGAACCGAUGACCAUUGAUGAGGCCCUGUCGAGGGCGACAAAACGGAGGAGGCACUUGGACGACAUGGAUAUCAAAACACCAGGGGGUCUGGACACUGCUGGGGUGUCGUCUGGGAUGGAGCAGCCCAGGGUCGCCUUUCGUUUGGUGCGGUUGAUCGUCGUCUAAUCCAUGCACCUCAGAACCAGUUACGUAGCACUUCCUCAGUUUGACCCUGUUGGGGAGCAAGGUACUUUUUCUCUCUCGACAGGGACAUGGCACUUCACAUUCAAUUCGCCAGCAGCUAAACAAUUUGAAUCAAUCUAUCCGCUGUUUCCUCCGGUUCUCGUCGAUAACUCGAUACACGGUACACCGAUAUAUCGGGAUCUUCCGGAGCAACAUGUGAUCCGGAGCGGCGCCUCCUUCUCCGGCGCCAGUCGCUGCUCAUCCCCACCAACUGAUGCCAAUAUCAUUCUACGAUUGCCAUCGCCUCAACUCCUCGGAUCUCUUAACUGGUCCUGUACUCCAGUUGUGACUCGACGACGAACCCAAGAGUGCCAGGGUUUCCAGAAUAAUAUCGGAUGUUGUCCACGAUCAAUGACCAACCACCAAGCUAAUAACCCAAUCCCAACGCGCUUCACUCGUCCGCCAAUAACAGUUGACUCCCUAUAAGAGGCAAACUCAGAGUCCAAAACCGACCGGAAAGCAGCGACGACCAAGUGGGACUGGCAAAGUAAGGGACUUUAGUCUUCACUGCUGUCGUACUUCAGAGUGGGGCCCGUCAUGGCGCAAUUGCAUCUUCGCGAUAUUCGUAAAAACUCUGUUCCUGUUACUCAAUGCAUGCCUUGGCCGCUUGGCUUGAGCGUGGCUAUUAGCU